AUGGGCGGGAGGCGACCAUCAGCAAGAACACUGCGCAUUGUUGGCCUUUUUAACCAACAUUCCCACAAAACCUCUGAAUGCCUCUUACCUCCGCCUAUACAUUUGGCCACCGGUACUAAUGUAAUGAGGUUGUCUGCACGAGCCGGACGCCAUUGUCGACCAAAUACGUCCUGGACACACAGGUUGGAAUUAUUCGCACAGUAA